UUUAGUUGGAGACAUUGUUAGUGACUCCAAUUAAUUGACAUAUGACAUCUAACUAACCUCAUUCUUAUAGAGAAUAUACUGCGUUAAGGUUUAUUGAAAUUAAUAUGGUUAAACAAGGAGGAAUUACAUCUUUUUUCAAAGCAAUUUAUCAAGAUGAAUUCAAAUGGGCACUUUUGAAAUCGAUUGGAAUUUUUGCUUUGGGCAUUAAAAUUGCCCAGGAAUGUGCAGGAAUGGAGCUAUUGCCAAGUAAUGUUUAGCAAAAUUUAUUUUAAGUUUAUGUUUUUGUUCAAAUCCAAAUAUAUAUAAUGUGUGAGAUAUAUAAAUCUUUUUUUCAUCUUCCAUCAUUAUGACAACAUAGAUUACAAAGCCAAAUAACCUAAUGGAAUGAAACAUAUUAUUUCUCAAAAGAUUGCGUUGUAAAAAUAUUUAUUGUAUGCAAAUAAACAUUCCUGCGGAAGACCCUUCCUUUCAAAAAGAGAAGUGUUUAUGUUACGAAACUAUUUAAACAUUUCACAUGUCACUGUGCUGUAAAUGCCAAUGAAAAUUUAUGAAAUAGAAAAAUCAAGAUUCAAUGAGACUGAAACCCUCUGGAAUUUUUUAAUAAGCAAUAAUUUCGGAAAUAAACUAAUCAAGGUCAACAUGUCACGGCCCAUGAACAUGCUGAGGACCAGAAGGAAAGACUGCAAUGUUAAACCCAAUAGAAGAGAUAAUAACAGGGCAACUAGGUUAGAUCGGAAAUCUUCCCGGGGAAUGAUAUAUGAAAAUGAAGAACUUCGAUUGAAAACAAUUAACAUCAAUGCUGAAGUGGAAAGCAGACAAUCUGACAUCAAGAAGCUUAAAAAAGAAAAUGAAAUGUUGAAAAAAGGUUUAUGGUAUCUAAGAGACGAAUACGAUAAGUUAGAAAAAUUGAUAAAAGAUAAAAAAAUAGACUUCUCAUCAUCGUCAACAACCGGCUCUACUUCCAGUGAUUCGGAAAGCUUCAGUUCGUACAGUGACGAUGAAGAAGAAGUAGAAACUACUCAAAAUAUGAAAAAUGUACAACGGACCAAUUUAAGAAAUUUACAAGAUCAAUUCGAUCAUUUGUCAGUAGUAACAGAAGAAACUAGUGCCGAAAAUUCUGAAUUGCAUUCCAAUACGGGAUCAGUGAACAAAGAAAAUUGGAACGAUCCCGUUGAUAUCCUUCAACCAGAUCAAAGUUAUCCUCAAUAUAGAUGUCUAGCAAAAUCACCUACUCUACCAAUGGCGGACAAUAUUCCCGUAAACUUUUUCACCCCAAUUAGAAAUUCGAAAAGUUUCGACGCCAAUAUACAACAAUGUAACGACGUCAUAUAUCCCGAAGAAUUUUAUAACAAUCAAUUUAGAAGUUCUACGAGUAGUAUGAUAAACCAGGGUAUUAAAAAUGAACAUAAUUUUGCAAGACCUGCAUCGGUGAAAACGAGCGCUUCAGACUUUUAUCAAAAUACAGUCUUCUUACCGAAAGCUACGUCAAAUCCCGAACUCCAAAUACAAGGUUUAGAGAAAUCCGCUACUGAUUUAAUAGUUAAAGUUGACAAUCAAACUUUCAAUGAUACGCCGAUCAUUUUCAGUAAUACACCAACACAUAGUACGUUUUCUAAUGGUGGAAACUUGGAGGAAUUAUUGCAAGAUAUCGAAUCUAUUUCCCAAAAAGCUACCCAUCAUCCAAAUACCACCGGCUACGGUUUUCGAGACGAUUAUGGUGGAAAUAACCAGGUAUAUACCGAGAAACAAGAAGAAGCUUCCGAUAAAGCUUAUAAAAGCGAAUUGAACGUAGUUUUGGUGCCGAAUCCAAUGCCGCUCAUAGGAACUGAUAAAUAUAAAAAUGUGCAAAGAAGUUUGGAAAACGUAGCUACUAAAUUCUCUGAAGAAUUGACUGCACCCCAACAUCCACUUCCAAUGGAAUCUAAUUUAACACCGAUUGCGCCGUAUGUAUCUGGAACCAAUGAGGUUAAUUUGUAUCAAAAGCCUGACGUAGAAACCAAUCCUUUUUUCUUCGGAAAUAUCAAGGAUAACUAUGUGAACGCAGAUCAUUUUAGUAUGAGAUAUAAUCCAGAAUUAUUCAGAGAUAACAACGAUACUAAGCGUGAUGUAGAUUCAAACAAGAAGUUUCACUCGGAAAAUACUUUCAAAAAUGAGAAUACGCAAACAAUUGAAUCGGAUAAUUUAGCAAAAAAAGGAGGCUCUAAAACAAAUCUUUUAGAUUUGACGUCAUCCGAUCACAUCUCUAGCGAAAACGAAGACAAACUUAAAGCAGCAACUAAUGAAAAGGCUGAUACAAAAUAUAGCAAAUCCAUCCAAAUGUCCGGAAAAUCACAAAAAUCACCGAAAUUAAGUAUACGGAAGAAAGUAUCUAUCCAUUUUAAAGGCAAGAAAGAAAAGAAUAAAAAUUCUUAUAGUUCAGAUUCGUCCAUUCCUAAAACAUCAACUGAAAGAAAGGGUUCAAUUUUUGACGCCAAAUUUAGUGACAGAGGGAAAAUUGUACACCAAAAACCUCCAAGUUCCGAUACGCAAAAGUCGAUUACAGAAACAAAUGCAAGACCAAAAACACCAACAAGUUCAGAUAGCAAGAAUAGUACCGAGAAAAAAUCACAAGUGAAAGAAACUAGCAUCGAUAAAAAACUUACGAAAAGUACUUCUGUCAGUCCGGACAGAAAACACGUUCAACUAAAAGAUGAUGUUCAAUCAAAAAAACACAAGAAACACAAAAAAGGAGAAAAAUGUCGACCACGACGACACAGUAAUGCCGGAGAACGAGUUCUCAGAGAACGUUCGUUUAGUAUAUGCACAGAUCGAUCUAAUAUUUUGGAACAUCGCAUGGGACUUGGAUUUGGGUCUAACCUCUAUUUCGACGAAUUUUCAGAUAGAGAACGAACCAAUAGUUUGAGCAGUUGCGAUACCGCGGAACACAGAAGGAAAAUGUCGAUGUUGCCGAAUGUAGCAUUGACUGGCAAAGUACCUUGGUGCGGAUGUUGGGGAAACGGGUGUCUGUGAUACAUUAUUCAAUAUAGUAGUUCAUUUAAUUCCUAUUCUUAUACAACAUAAUUUUUGUACAGUGCGGAGCGCCUAUAAUUGUUGUGUAAAUAAUAGAAUACGAGGUAUAUUUAAAAAGUUGUUAACGUUUUCAUAGAACAUUGCUACGUGAGUGUUUACUCGUAUGUUUUAGUAUCUACAUAGGCGGCAUCUCCGUCGAUCUACAACGAUCGCAAUGAGAAAAUUCCCACAGCACCAAAUUCAAAUCCCGCCAGUUAUAAGGAAAUUUGUGUUUAAUAGUUUGUAACAAAAAAACCCAUAGCAUAAGAAAAUUUUUAUCACGGCAAAAGGAAUAGUGGAAUGAGUAUUUUGAGUGGAUAACUGGACGCUAAGUUGAGAACUGGCGUUUCACAACAACAUUUAGUUUUUUGUUAGUUUCACAGACUGCAAAUACGUUAAAUAUGAUUAAUAGGGAAUUUCAAUCUUUACAUUGUUUGUUAGGAAUUUUUUUCAUAUUUUUUUAUGCUUUUUAUGAUAUUUCGUUUGACAUGGAAUUUUUUUGUAGCCAACAUUUUAUAUUUAUAAAUUUUUUAUAUUGCUAAAACGAGUUCACAUUCUUUGACUAAUAACCAUAGAGUUGGUAUUGAAAAUAAAGAGAGCUGGAUACAAAUAGAUUUGUACUAACGAAAAAGAGAGAAAACGCAUCCGUUUACCUCUUCCUAUUUCCCUCUAUUCGCUAUUAAAAUCAAAACUUGUUAUUUCCUUCUGACGUUCCUAUUUCCAUUUGAAACUACGACGUCGUGGUGAUUCAAUCAGAAUAGAGAGUUUUUUACCGAUAUUCUUUAUGUCUCUUUCAAUAAUACACUUACAUACCGCUCUCUCCGUCUUUAAUAUAAACUCUAUGUUAAUAACUACACAAUAAAAUAUUUGUUAAAUGUUGAAUUUUGAUAAUUGUAUUUUGUUUAUUUUGUUUACUGCCUCUGCGAGACAUACAUUUGUAUAAUCAGAUUAUUAAGCACAUUUUGUAGUUUUAUAUGACUAGAUAGUAAUCUAACUUCCUACCGAAUAAAAUGUUUUUCUAAUUUUAUAUUAUUUCAUUUUUUUUCUGAUAGUUAAUGUUAUAGUGCGAUAAAAUAAGAAUUCAAAUUCUCAUCUAAAAUGCAAGCCUGCAUCUUUCAAUGUCAGUAUCAUCAUCAUCAUCAAGCCUUUCAAUCCUUUGGAUUAUGGCUAUCGCUUUUAGGACUUUAAAAUCUUUUUAAUGUAAGCUUCUUCCUUUUUAAAAAUAUCUUUGAAAUGAGAAAAAAUAUGACGGGAGAAGGAUCCAAACAGAAAAAUUUAGAGACUAAAAUCGACGAGAAUCACUUUUGACCUAUUUAUAAAACGGAACAGGUCCAUAGUUGGAUUAUUGCGAGCCAGGAAACCUUAUGACGAGCCCGUCGGGUCUCAUUUAAAACUACCAAAAGUCGGUGUCCUUUAAAAAGCUAACCGGACACUUUAGCUCGAACCUUUUAACGUCUUUAGGCAAACUCUAACAGUCUCAUCAUACUAGCGGUAUGCGAGCGGCUGCGAUAAGUUUCUAAGGCUUGUCCAAUGUUUGAUUUGCACACGUGUAAUACCGGGCACUUACCGAUAAUGUGCUCUACAGUUUCUUCUUCCUACAUGCUCCAGCAGCAUUUCGGAUCGUCCGUGAUGCUAACAGUUUGGAUAUGGUAUCUUAAAUAAUCCUGCCCGCUAAAAGGACUGCCACCAGUCGAAUUUCGCGCCUUUUCAUGUAAGGCAGUGGAUUGGUAAGAGAAGGUUUAUCUUGUAUGCCUUAGCUUGUCUCAUAGCAGGUGUUGCAGUACCUGCGUUGCGAGCAAACUACCGAGAAAUUUAAUAGUAACAUUUUUGCCUACACCUAGAAUGUGUUGGGCCCAUUGAUAGAUUUGCUGAUCCUAAUCUAGCGAGCAAAUAAACCUCGACGUUGCCCUUGUUACCCGAGUUACUGGGCACCCAAACUAUUUGAAUUUUACAGGUAUCACUCACCAUUACUUGUCUUUUUGUAAUUUUUUUUGAGUACUGAUUAAAAAAAUAUAAAUAGUUAUAAAAUUACAAAUAUGUAAAAUUUUUAGAAUUAAGUUGAAAUAAAAUUAAUAGAAUUUCAUCUCAGAUAUAUGACUUUGUUAAUAUGAUUGAAAAACUUAAAAAGGUAACAUUUUUAGAUUUUUGCCAAUUUUUUAAUGUUCUCACGGCUGAGCAAUAAAUGAUUCAGUUCAUUUCAAAUUGUACCUCGGUUUCUAUUACAAAUAGUUAAAAGUACAAAUUUAUGAAAUAUUUUAGUUCCGAGAUUUUUUGGCUGAAGCUUUUUUCUCGUAUCUGUUUUGAGAUAUACCCGAAAGAGCUAUGUUUGGGAUAGUUUUUAACUAUUUUCUACUCCUUAAAUGAAAUUUAACAUUUUUGAAUUAUUAAUCCUUAAUGUAUGCUAACUUAUAUUGAAAGAUGCGAGGUUGACUUUUGGAUGGAAAUUUUAUUUCUCGUUUUAUCUAUUAAUAAAACUCAAAAAAUACACCAUCUUGUAACAGCAGUGCCAAAAACCAAAUUAAGAUCCAUUAGUUGAAAAAAUGCAUUCGAUUCAUUCAUAUUACAAUAAAAGAUCUCUAAAAAAAUUGUGAUGUGAAUUACUCUUGGUUGUUGCGAUAUUCCUGUGCAGCAGGACCUUCACUAAGUAUAGUUGAGUCGUCAAGCAAGGCAUGGUAUGAGACAAGCUAAGGCACACAUAAAUGGACCAUCUGCCUGUCUCAUCAAUUAACUGCUCCACUUAAACAGGCGCACAAGACGACUGAUGACUGGUUUUUUGACUGGACACUCAAUAAUAGAGCUGUCGAUAUAGUAAUUCUGCAUCUAGCGCUUAAAAUAUUGUCAAUAAUAGAGCUUCACUUACAUGCAUUUGACUUUCGGUUCGCUUAUAUUGAAUGCAAACACUGUGCUAGGUGUCUUCUGUUUCAAAAUUACUUUUCUUAAUAAUUUUUAAAAGAUAGAUAAAAAUUGAUGUUGUGACUAAUUUUAAGUCUUUAUCAACAACAUAUAAAAACAUAAUCAUAUCAAAAGGUCUAAGGAAUAUGAAAUUAAAGAAAUAUUUGUUUUUCGUUAUAUAAGUUGACAGCAAGCGCGUCCUAUGUGUCGACUGAACAGUAGCUGCACUUUCCGAAUGACAACAAAGUGAUUUGAAAUUUCUAAAUUACCUCACAACGCACUUUGUUUAAUGUCGCUCGCUUAUACGGCGCUUCUAUGCUUAAACGUUGCAUGGGUUUGAAAUUUUCUCGCUCAUUUCGCGUUGACCACGUAGGAAUAGGCCUAAAGCGAAAUUAUCUAAUGAAUCAUAUUUAUAUAUCGAAGCAAUAAUAAUCUACUACUGAUAUAUUAUUUGAUAAAAAGCUCGUUAAAACCUAACGUAUUGCUAAUGUAAGGGUAGCGAGAUCUAUCGCUAUAGCUAUUGUUAAAUAUUGACAAUGAGGGUAGCGUAUAUACAAUCUUAUCGAUUUGGUUAAUAUAAGGGUACGGUAGAGAAUGUCAACAAGAGGUUUAGUUUUUAGUGAGACAUAAAUUACGUUAUUUUUAGGGGGGCGACUAGUGGUUAACCACAAUUAAGCGCUAUAAUAAUGAUAAUCAAGUAAUUUAAAUAAUAAUAAUCUGAAUUAAUGCAACAACAGUCGUCUUGUAAAAUCUUAAUAGUCAACUCGACUAGGUGAAUAAUCCAUCUUUCGGUUUACGUUGUUGCAGUAUUUUUAU